UUCCCUGGGUGGCUGCUGUGUCCCCGCCGGGAUGGAGCACCUGGACGACCUGGAGAGGCUGAUGGAGAGAGGUUUCGGGGAGGAAGCUGCGCGGCCGGAGGGGCUAUUUCAGAAGAAUGUGGAAGCUUCCUUUUCUAAAACAGUUCUGAGCCAAGGGAUGGAUAAUCGAUUUCUAGUAUUAGCUGUCCAUCCUGUACAGAAUGAAGAUGGAGAACUUGAAAAGCACCUGACCAUCACAGCUUCCCAAUCACUACAGAAUAAAGAAUUGUGCAUCCUUAGGAAGAGCUGGUGCUCUGUACCAGUCGCUCCCGGGGACAUCAUUCAUUUGGAGGGAGACUGCACAUCUCAUACUUGGAUAAUAGAUGAAGAUUCGGGAUAUUUAAUUCUAUAUCCAGAUAUGUUUAUUUCUGGUACAAGCGUUGCCAGUAGUAUCCGAUGUAUGAGACGAGCUGUCUUGAGUGAAAUUUUCAGGAGUUCCGAUCUCGUCACACGCCAAAUGCUGGUUGGUACUGUUCUCCAUGAAAUUUUCCAAAAGGCCAUACGUGAUACCUUUGCACUAGAAAAGCUACAACACCUUGCUUCUCAAACUGUUCAAGAAAUAAGACAUCUGAAAGAAAUGUAUUGCUUAAAUCUGAACCAAGAUGAAAUAAAACAAGACGUAGAGGAAUACCUUCCUUCGUUUUCUAAAUGGGCCGAUGACUUCAUGCACAAAGAUACUGCGGCUGACUUUCCUCAGAUGAAGCUCUCUCUGCCAAGUGAUGGUGAUAACAAUAAUCCAACAUGCAAUAUUGAAGUAGUAAACUCAUUGGAUAUUGAAGAAAGCAUUUGGUCCCCUAGGUUUGGAUUGAAAGGCAAAAUAGAUGUUACAGUUGGUGUGAAAAUACAUCGAGGAGGUAAAAUGAAAUAUAAGAUAAUGCCCCUGGAACUGAAAACUGGUAAAGAAUCAAACUCUAUUGAGCAUCGUAGUCAGCUUGUUCUGUAUACGCUGCUAAGCCAGGAGCGAAGAGCUGACCCAGAGGCCGGCCUGCUCCUCUACCUCAAGACCGGCCAGCUGUACCCUGUGCCCGCCAACCAUCUGGACAAGCGAGAAUUAUUAAAGCUAAGAAACCAGAUGGCAUUCUCUCUGUUUCACCGCAUCAGCAAAUCGGCUACUGGAAUGAAGAAGACAAAGCUUGCUGCUUUGCCACAGAUCAUUGAGGAGCAGCAGACUUGUAAAUACUGUUCGCAGGCGGGCAACUGUGCUCUUUAUAGCAGAGCAAUUGAACAGCAGAUGGAGGAUUUCUCAGUGCCUGUUGAGGUGCUGCACAAAGUUGAAGAAGAAACCCAGCAUCUAAAGCCUACUCACUUAGAAUACUUCCACCGUUGGUGUCUGAUGUUAACCCUGGAAUCACAGUCAAAGGAUAUUAAAAAGAAUCAACAAAAUAUUUGGCUGAUGCCUACUUCAGCUUCGGAGGAGAGUGGCAGCUGCAUUGGAAACCUGCUGAGAACAGAACACGUAAAGGCAGUUUGUGAUGGACAGUAUUUACAUAAGUUUCGCCGUGAAAAUGGUGCCAUGCCUGUCACAAACCUGAUGGCCGGUGACAGAGUUAUUUUAAGUGGAGAAGCAAGAACACUGUUUGCUUUGUCAAGGGGAUAUGUGAAGGAGAUCGAUGCGACAGCAGUAACCUGCUUGUUAGACAGGAACUUGUCAGUAUUUCCAGAAUCAACUUUAUUCAGAAUGGACCAAGAAGAAAAGAAUAGUGAUAUAAAUACGCCAUUAGGAAAUCUUUCUAAACUGAUGGAAAAUUCUGCUGUGAGCCAAAAGCUUCGAGAGUUAAUCAUUGACUUUCAUGAGCCCCAGUUUAUAUGCUACCUCAGUUCUGUUCUUCCACAUGACGCAAAGGACACUGUUGCCAGCAUCCUCAAGGGUUUGAAUAAACCUCAGAGGCAAGCCAUGAAAAGGGUCCUUCUUUCAAAAGAUUACACACUCAUCGUGGGUAUGCCUGGCACAGGAAAAACGACGACAAUUUGUACUCUUGUAAGAAUUCUCUAUGCCUGUGGUUUUAGUGUCUUGCUGACCAGCUAUACACACUCAGCUGUUGACAAUAUUCUUUUGAAGUUAGCCAAGUUUAAAAUAGGAUUUUUGCGCUUGGGUCAGACGCAGAAAGUUCAUCCAAAUAUCCAGAAGUUUACAGAGGAGGAAAUUUACAGAACAAAGUCCAUUAAAUCCUUAGCUCACCUGGAAGAGCUCUACAAUAGUCAACUUAUAGUUGCAACAACAUGUAUGGGAAUAAACCACCCAAUAUUUUCUCGUAAAAUUUUUGAUUUUUGUAUUGUGGAUGAAGCGUCUCAAAUCAGCCAGCCCAUUUGCCUGGGGCCACUUUUCUUUUCGCGGAGAUUUGUGCUGGUGGGGGAUCAUCAGCAGCUCCCUCCUCUUGUGCUAAACCGGGAGGCGAGAGAUCUCGGCAUGAGUGAAAGCUUAUUCAAAAGGCUGGAGAAGAAUAAAGAUGCUGUUGUACAGUUAACUGUGCAGUACAGAAUGAACAGUAAGAUCAUGUCCUUAAGUAAUAAAUUGACAUAUGAGGGGAAGCUGGAGUGUGGAUCAGACAAAGUAGCUAAUGCAGUGAUAAACCUUCCUAACUUUAAAGAUGUGAAACUGGAACUGGAAUUUUAUGCUGAUUAUUCUGAAAACCCUUGGCUGGCCGGAGCAUUUGAGCCAAACAAUCCUGUUUGUUUUCUUAAUACAGACAAGGUUCCCGCACCAGAACAAACUGAAAAGGGGGGUGUGAGCAAUAUAACAGAAGCCAAACUUGUAGUUUUCCUGACUUCAAUUUUUAUCAAGGCUGGAUGUAAUCCCUGUGAUAUUGGCAUAAUUGCACCAUACAGGCAGCAACUGAAAAUCAUCAAUGAUUUAUUGGCACACUUGUCUCUUGGGAUGGUUGAAGUUAAUACAGUAGACAAAUACCAAGGAAGAGACAAAAGUAUUGUUCUGGUCUCUUUUGUUAGAAGCAAUAAAGAUGGAACUAUUGGUGAACUCUUGAAAGAUUGGCGACGUCUUAAUGUUGCUAUUACCAGAGCCAAACAUAAACUGAUCCUCUUGGGAUGUGUGUCUUCUCUCAGCCGCUAUCCUCCUUUGGAGAAGCUGCUUCAUCAUCUGAACUCAGAAAAACUCAUCAUUGAUCUUCCGCCAGGAGAACAAGAUAGUCUUUGUCACAUAUUGAGUGAUUCUCAAAGAAGUUAAUGCCCUGUCAUCCUCGAGUUUCUCUACUACUGUGGUGGUUCUUUUUUCUAUUGUCUAUUCAUAAUUUGGAUGUGCCAUAACUCUGCCUGAUUAGAAUGUGAAGAUAACAUUUAAUCAAAGGGCAUAAUAUGAAGUAACCACACUCUGUUUAGAGUUCAGGUUAUUUAUUUUUAUUUAAUUAAGGUAUAUUCUUUUUGAAAUUCUUUACCCAUAAUAAAAUUUAACUUAGUAAUUUUGUUUUUCUUUUAGUUUGAUUUUGUUUGAUUUUAAACUAAUUGUGGUUUGUUUUUUUUUUGAUCUACAAAAGUUUUUGUUUUGGUGUUACAAAAGUUUUCCUGCUACAUCUAACUAGAGGUGCUACAAAUGCGUUUUUGUGUGACCUAAAAGAUCCUGAUAAAUUUUGACCCGGUUUAACUUUGGGCCUGAAUUUUUUGGGGGGAGAGGGGUCUCACCUGGUGAUGCUCAGGCAUAUUCCUGGCUCUGCACUAAGGAAUUACUCUUGGUGGUGCUCAGGGACCAUAUGGGAUGCUGGGGAUCUAACCUGGUUGGCCAUGUGCAAGGCAAACCCCCUAUGAACUGUACUAUCACUCUAGUCCCAGACCUGAGCCUUUAACUUUCUUUUUUCAGUUCACACUCAAUAGUGUUUAGGGACUACUCCUGACUCUGUGUGUGGGGUUCUGUCCUGGUACCCAGGGGAGCAUGUGGUGCCUGGGAUCAAACCUGGGUCCUGAGUGCAAAGCAUGUGCACUCAACCUGUUGAACUUGCUCUCUCUCUCUGGGGCCUGAGUUUAAAAUUUUAGCAAUAAAAAUUUCAAAACCAAUUUUUGGCUGGGGAUAUUUGUCCAUGGUAGAGUGAUGCCCUAUCCAAGUAUGAGCCAGUGCUUUUUAAAAAGCUUUUUUUUUUUUGUCCAGGACUAAUUUGGUUUUGCAGAUUGUUUUUUUCAUAUUUUGUAUGUUUAAACAAUUGGGUAUAGAUUUGCUUUUCAGGGCUCAAGAGAUACUCAGGGACCCAUGCAAGGGCUCUGGGUUAGAUCCCUGGCAUUGCAUUCUUCCUCCCUUAAGCACUGCUGCGUAACCAGAAAAAAACAAAAAAAGAAAAAGAAAUUUCUUUGUUUACAAACUUUUUAAUCUUAAGAAGGGGGCUGGAGAGAUAGCACAGCAGGUAAGGAAGGAGCUUGCUUUACAUGUGGCCAACCUGGGUUCAAUCCCAGGCACCCCAGAUGGUCCCUGGAGCCCUGCCAGGAGUGAUUCCUGAGUGAAGAGCCGGGAGUAACUCCUGAACAUUGCCAGGUGUGGCUGAAAAAAAAAAAAAGAACAAAAAGAAGACAGUACGUGUAUUUUGAAUUCCCUAAUCCAAAAUCUGUUUUUGAUUUUUCUUCUUUUUAUUUUAUGCUAAUUUAUUUUAUUUUUAUUUUAUUUUAUUUUAUCCUAAUCCUAUUUGCUUUUUUGGUGGUGUUGUUUUGGGCCUCAAAGGGCAGUGCUCUGGGAUCAUUCUGUAUAUAGUGCCUGCAGAAAGGGCAAAUGCCGAGCUAUCUCUCCAGUCCCCUCUCCCCCUCCUUUCUGAUCCCUUUUAUUCCCCCACCUUAGUGUUCAGUGUUUUUAUAUUGAAGAGCUUGGUAUAAAAUAAAAUAUACAUUGUCCUUUGAGAAGAGGUUUUGUUUGCUGAUAUAACAAAUUAGAAGGUGUAUCCCUGUUUUCACCUGUUUGUUCUUAAGCCCUUUGCCCCAGGUAAUUUUUUUCCUCUUUGUAAAAAGAUGUUUGCAAAACAGUUACCUCAAAGAAUCUAUGCAUCUGUGACAGACACGUACGAAGAAUGAUUCUGUGGCGCCAUUUUCGUGUAGGAAAUUUUUUCUCAUUUCAAAAUAUUGAGUGCUCAAUCUCUCAUGCCUCUACCUCAGGUGUUUUAAAAAAUGAUGACUGGUUUUUG